ACAUGAGGGAGAGGUGCCGAUUGGGGCUGCUUUGCCUUUCUUGCAGGUUUAGAGAGUGUGGGAUUCCGUGUUUGCCAGCGUUAUAUAUCCAGGCAAAAUGGUGAAAGAUGGAGGGAAAUCGAAAAAGAAAGCUAAGCGCAUGUGUAACUUACAGAGCAAUGAGGCAGUCGGUGAAUCUGAAGCCUAUGUAGCCGGAGAUGUGUCCAGCAGCUUGUUUCCAAAGAAAGCCAGUGAGAGUGCUACACACUUGUCAUCUCUAUUUGACACCAAAGGCCCCGCUGUUCAGCCAGUUUAUGUUCCUGUUAAAAUACCCAAGAGGAAGCUCCCGGAAGCAGAAGGAGCAGAUGUAAAGAAAGCAUGUAAAGAGACUGUAGUAAAAGCCAAAGUCACCAAAGAAAAGGAGCUUUCAGUCUCAGAAAAAAAACUAGCAGACAGGGAGCAGUCCUUGGCAAAUGCAGAUGAAGAAGAGACAAGAAAAAAUGUUAUUUCUAAAGAAAAGCUAAAGAGUAAAAAGAAUCAAAGUCUUGAUGAUGACGGCGUUGUUGUACAACCUCGGAAAAGAAAAGUAAACAGGGCAGAGGAGAGGAUAAAGAAUAAAAGAACUGUGUUUGUUGGUAAUUUGCCAGCCGACUACACUAAACAGAUGCUAAAGUCUCUAUUCAAAGAAUUUGGACAUAUUGAAUCGAUGCGUUUCCGUUCUGUGGCUCGUGCAGAGGCUAACUUGUCAAGAAAAGUGGCGGCUAUUCAGCGCAAAGUACACCCAAAAAGGAAAAAUAUUAACGCAUAUAUUGUUUUUAAGGACGAGAGUAGUGCUAGUCAAGCACUUAAAAGAAACGGAGCAGAGGUGGGCAGCGGAUUUCACAUCAGAGUUGAUAUUGCCUCGAAAAGGUCUUCCCACGAUAACAAAAGAUCAGCAUUCAUUGGAAACCUCCCUUACGAAAUUGAGGAAGAAGCUGUCCGAGACCAUUUCUCUGAAUGCGGCAAAGUACAAGGCGUCCGUAUCAUCAGAGAUCAAAAGACAGGAAUCGGCAAAGGAUUCGGCUAUGUUUUAUUUGAGAGUGCAGAUGCCGUCCAGCUAGCGCUGAAGCUAAACAACUCCGAGCUCUCGGGAAGAAAGAUCCGGGUCAAACGCAGCCUGACGGCAGAGGCCGCCCAAAAGAGCACAAACAAAUCUUCCGAUUUUAAGAAGAAGUUGGACACUUUAAAGCAGGCUAAACCACUCAAGGGCAACAGCUUCGUGGGAGAAACGGCCGAAGUAGGGAAGGCGAAAAAUAAGGGACACAAGAACAAAAAGAAAAAAACAGUUGGGAAUAAGAAAAAGAAGAAUAAAGAUUGAAAUUAAGAUCACAAGAUGAUUCUAAAACUGCUUCUUGGAUGGAUUUAAACUAUCAUUUUCCAGCAUUUUAUAGGAAAGAGAGAAACUGUGUUAGCAAAACCUUCACAAACAGGGAAUGUACAUGAACAUAAUGUGUUUCAGCUGCAAAACUGUACCUCCAGCGCUGAACUGGCUGAAAGGAAAAAUAUACCCCACGGGUGGGGAGGAAGAGAAGUAAUAGGGGUCAAUGGCAGCCAGGCUGCAGCGGGCGGUGAGAGUGAGCAGGCAGGCAUUGGGGAAUAGAAGCUGUGAGCAGAAGGUUCUACUUACUCUGUUGCAUGUCUCCCCGGCCACAAUCCAUGGGCUCCUAAAAGAGCACGGCCACCUAAUCUCAGUUUACUGGGCCUAUGGGCCCAAGCUCAUGUACAAAGAGUCGUCCUGGAAUGCCCCCACGUUUUUUUGUUUAUCAAGUAUCUGAGAAACCAUUUCCAAAUAUCCCUUAGGCUCCCCCCUCCCCCCCACCUUGUUCCAUUGCAAAGUGAUGGAUUCUGGGUCUUGAAAUCUUUCCAUAGUGGGUAAAGCACAGAUUCUCUGACGGCCAGUGAGAACAUUAAGGUGCCCAUACACGGGCCGAUUCUAGCUGCUGAUAUCGGUCCCUUAGACCUAUUUAGCAGCUUAUUGGCCCGUGUAUGGGCACUACCGAUGGGCCUGCUCGACCAACAUGUGGCCUGAAAUGGGGCAGGUUUGAAAUUUAGUCGGAUCGGGGACCGCAUAGGCUCGUUGAUGCGGUCCCCGAACCGACUGACGCCUAUACCCAUCAUUCUAAUUGGCUCAUUUGGCCCGUGGGCCAAACAACCGAAUUCGCCUGAUAUUGCCCACCUGUAGGUGGAGAUAUCAGAAGAUUUGCUCGCUUGGCGACCAUGUCUUAGCUUGUAUGGCUACUUCAAGUCCCAGAAUCCAUCACUUCAUGAUGAUACAAGGUGAGUGAGGAAUUACAUGACACAUUGAGCCUAAGAGGGUUGGCUCUGCAAUGAGAUGGUUUCAUUUAAAUUUGUGGUAUGGCACAUGUACGUACACAUUGACGCCGCACUUCCGCAUUCUCCGGUCAUCAGUCGUCUGGGGUAUGAAAAAGUCUGGCCACCCCUGCCCUAGUGCAACUCUACAACAGAUCAGAAAACAUAAGAUUCUCAACCCGCAUAUAAAAAUUUGCAUAAUUAAAGAGAUUAAGUACA